UAUAGCUGCUGGCUAAAAAUACCGGCCAUGCGUCAUCCAGCGAGCAGUUUAGCGAUAGAUCUAGCCACGACCGCAUCGUUGCCUGGCAACACUGUGCAGCGAGCAGUGUCGCGGCGUGCGUGCCAGAUGGUAGACGGUCGGCCAUUCAGCCUGAGCGCAGCAGCAUCGCUAAACGAAAAGCAUGGCAGACAGGCGAAUCAAGCGCAGCCGACGUCCGAAAUGGUCGGAGAUUGAGCUGCAGGUACUGCUCGACGAGGUGAAGGCUAACCAAUGCAUCUUCUUCAACCGCCUCUGUACGACCGUAUCGAACAUGAAGAAGAAGCGAGUGUGGAUAGCAGUCGCCGACAGGGUAAACACCGUCAGCGAGAUACAGCGGUCGCCGCGCGAGUGCCGCUCAAAGUGGAUCUACCUGCAGAGCGACGUCCGCCGCAAGGCGGCGCGCGUGCGGGGCGAGCACGCGCACCCAUUGAGCUACGUGUCGUCGCACUGCUACGCGUCGCCGCCUCCGCGGUCGACCUGA